AUGGCAGCAGAGACACGACGAAGGCGGCAGCGUGGCGACGCCGCUGAUGCGUCGUCAGCGGAGCCUCCAGUCACGGAAAAAAGCGCCGUCGACGAGAGGGGAUGCAUGCCGGGGGACCGUUCGUCGGCACACUCGGAGUCGGCCCCGUCGACCGGGUCUCCAGGUCGUCGGAAACAAGCGUCUCGCUUCUGGCAAGUUCUUCUGCUUCUUUCAGUUGGUGUAGCUCUUCGUCUGUUUCUUUACUCAGUUGGACUGACGCUUCCAGAGACCACGGAGCCCUUAGUGUCUCCUGCGUCCGCGUCCUUCUCGUCCUUCCGCGAGGCGCUCACGCUCCAGGCGCUUUCCUUUUCCCCGUACACGGGUGGAGUGUACAGACAGCAGCCGCUAGUCUUCCUCAGCUUGAAAUGGAUCACUGGAGCGGGUCAGGGGGAGGACGAGAACUGCAAUACCGGCAGCUGUCGGUGGCGGUACUACCUCGUCUUGAUCUGCAUAGACCUGGUCGCCGCCAUUGCGCUCGCUGCGGCUGCAGCGGAGGCUCGCACGUGGGCGAUGAAUUUGCGUCAGAGAACCUCGCCGGGUUCGGCUGCUGGAUCUGCCCAGGGGAAAGCGAGAGGGCCACAAAGGAAGGAAGUGCCGGCGGCGAGUGGCGAACGCCCGCCUGGCGAAGAAGUGGAGGAGAUCAUUGCCUCGCCGGCUCUUGUCGCUGCGAGCUACUUCCUCCACCCAAUGACGGUAGGGGCCAUCCUCUCUCUGACCAUCCACACACUUCCGCUCGCCUUCUUCGCCUUGGCGCUUGCCUGCGCAACCCGUGGCGGAAUGCUCUCAAGGUGGAUGUGCGUCGCCUUCUUCGGCUGCGCCUUGUUUGUGGGACCGCCUCAAGCUUUUCUCCUCGCUCUCCCGCUGGCUCACCUCAUGCACGCUGUGCGGACGCAAACAGUGCAGCGCUUGGACCUCCUGGAGGUUUUGCCUUCCCUGAAGAAAGAUAUUCUGCCUGGCCUUCUUCGCGGGGUGCUCCUCUUCGUUGCGGGUCUAGCGUUCUGCGCAAUUCUCCACGUCGCUUCGUACUUUGCGCUGCGAGCCUACACAGCAGACGCGGCUGACUAUUUUGACUCCACGGUGAUCGCCGUGUGGGAGGUCCGGGAUCUAGGUCCAAACCUCGGUAUCUUCUGGUACAUCCUUUCCCUGGGCCACUGCUUCAUUCUGGUCGUGCCCCUGUUUGUUCGAAUGUUCCGCUACCCGCUGGCGUACUGCGGAGCCGCCAUCGCCAUCGCCUUGCUUUUUCAGCCGUUCUUCUGCAUAUCGGAUUCCGCUUUCCUUGUGACUCUGCUCAUCAGUCGUUGGGACGUGGUGGAGAGGAAGGUCGCCUUCGUGAAGCUGAUCGUUGUCGCAUUCGUUGCCGUCUCGAUCUACCCCGUAACGACCGAGCUGUGGCUGGGGCGGAACACGGGGAACCCGAACUUCGUCUACAACAUUCAAAUCAUCUUCCAAAUCUUCAUGGGUUUCCUUAUCCUGGAAUGGAUUAAAGGCGUUGUUCUCGACCGAGUAUUUACUUCUUCUGGAUCCGUUGAAAAGAAGGAAAAGACGGCCUGA